AUGGCUACAAAAACCACAAAAUUAUAUUUACUCCUUGCGUUAUUCUUAGUUUUAAUGUUGACUUCUGCACUAUCAGCACCAACCGAACCGCAAGACAGCGAAUUAGAACCUCGAUCCGACCCUAUUAAUAAGAAACCGGGCGACAAAGACGAGGUCCAUACAUUUCCUCCGAAAUCUAGCGCGAAAAGAAAUCUUGGAGACCUUGAACCAAAAGCCUGCUAUUAUUGCGGGGAAACUAUUGUGGCGUAG